AUUUUUAAAUAUCCUCCGUUUUUUGAAAUUAAAAUCAAUUUCUAUCAAUGAACGGGUACGAGUUCUUGGAACAAGCUCAUCUGAGCAUUUUUAACGCAACUCUUGGAGCAGAAACCUCCGAUCCAUUUUUCCUCAACACUUCAGCAGCUGGAAAUCCGACAAAAGGCACCGAAAAUCCUCCAGUGGAAGGUGGAUUUAUGGCAUACUUGAUGUUUGCAUUGAGUAUCAUUUCGUGCAUCGGAUAUUACGUAUCUUCAUCAGUCUGUGCCUAUAUUGCAAUUCGGAAUAAAAAAAGAAAGAAGCAACAGCAAAUGAUGGAGAAUAGUCCUGGAGAGACUACUACGCAGGGACCACAAGUUGCUGCUGGACCAUCGGCUGAAGGAGCUGGACCGGCACAAGCUUCCAAAGAAAAUCAGACCGGUUCAGAGAAGGAUGAGAAAAAGGAAAAUUGAACGGGUUUAUGCAUUCGGAAUAAAGUUUUCUAGUUU